UUAAAUAUAUAUGUGUGUGUAUAUGUAUAUACAGGAGGUUUUUUGUGCGUAUGUGGAAGGUUUGUUUUCAUUGACAUGAUGUGUUUUGGGGCAAAAAUGCCCUUGCUUUGGUAGUCAGGUUGGCCUGCUCAUUUGAGGCUUUUUCGGGAUCUGGUACGAGAACCAGGACUCGUGUUCUAGAUGUGAAUAGUUUCCGGGAGGGCAUGGCUCUUACUUACCUACCUGAGGGCUGUGUGCCUGCAAAGAGAAAAUACAUAUUCUUCAGAACUGAUGUUGAAAGACAAAAUGGGUCUCAAAAUGAGCAUCUCAUUCUUACUGCAAAAUAACACAGGAGUGCUUUUGAAUGUGUUACGACAGUUGAUGGCUUUAAAUAAGAGUGGAAUGAGUUCCAUGCUUUCUGUAGUGAAUCACUUUGUGCUUACUGCUCUUUAUAUCCUUGGGGUUGGGUUUUCUUGUUCGUUUGUUUUAAAGAUGGUUGACCAAAAACUGGUUCUUGUGGUUGGGUCCUACAGCGCUGUGAUUGUCUCUGUGAAUAAUCACACCUGCAGGCUCUUGGUUGACCAGAUCAGGUGGCAAAAUGUUUGAUUUAAAAUGCAUUUUUCAAGAAGCAUGUUAAUUUGCAAGAAACAGAAUUUGAGUAACUGCAAACAGCCUGUCCACCAAAGUGACUUUCAUUACCUCCCCUGUCCUGUCUGUGUAGGUUGGCAUGCUCUCUGGCCUGGCGUCAGCGGCUGCUGAUCCUUCCCUGCCUCCAGCUCCUUUUCCCUCCUUCACACCUCAGCCAUUCUUUCCUUCACCCCUUUUUUCUCUCCUGUGUAUUGAUUGCUGACGUGCCUCUGGAUCUCAUAGUUCUCUGCUUGUGGUGCAUCUGGGCCAAAGGAAUUGUUAGUGAUGCAGAUUCAUAGCAGCAACAGUAUGGGGGCAAAAAUCUCUUGAAAUCAAAGUAGGCAAAAUAUUUGUCUUAAAAUGCUUUUUCUUUUUUCUCCCUAAAAAAGUUCAUUGUGUUUCUGACCUUCUGUUUUGUUUUGUUUCCUCAUUGCUGCUGCUAUGAAUAUCGAAGGUUCCUGAGUCAGACGGAAGACAGCAGUAGCAGAGGUGGAUUAACGCUGGAAUGUAGUCAGGGACUGGAGCACUUGGGAGCUAUGCUUAGACAGAAAGGGAACGAGGUAAGAAACGUGGAGUGGUAAGAUUGAUUUUAAGCUGUUGUUCACAGACUUUACCCCAUUGUGUAAUGCCAGCAUUUGUGCAUAGUGUGUGAAGUGGCAAGGCAAAGGAAGAACAAUUAGCAUCAGCAUACUUCACAGUCUAUUUUUACAUGUUAAAUGCUUUCAUGCUAGACAGUUGGUGAGAUCCUUUCAGUAUCUAAUCUAUCCGCUGUCUGAGAAAACAUGUUUUGGCAGGGUUUUAGAUGAGCUUGGGAAAGUGUUUGUAUGCUUUCUUGUGUUUUGUUGUUCUGCCACUUCCACCAGCAUGCAAGCAAUGCAUUCUGCAGUAGGGCACUGUAAGGGAUGCAGUUUCAGCAGUGGUUUAAAUAUAACUGUGUGCUGCCUCUGCAAGGGGUGGUGUAAGCCAUGCUUCCUACCGCUUCACUUGUGUAAGCAGCAGCACUGUGGAGGAGGAAGCGCUCUGGCUGAAGACUGCUGCCACUGAAUCAGUUCUGUGCUGUGGCUGCUGCACGAGCCCUGUGCUGACACGGCGGUGGUGUCAGCAAAGCAUGAUAGAGAAGACUAGCAUUUGUAAUUUCUGAUUGUAGUUCUACAAUCGGUGUAAUCUAGUCAUAAAUGAUCUGUAUGUUGAUUGCAUGCUUUAUUUUUGAACAUUUUACUUUUUUUUUUUUUUUGAGCUUUAGAUUGAAAAUCUAAAUGAAACAUGCUUCUGUUCCAAAAUUUUCGAUACGGGAUUGUUUGUGCUUAGCUACAGUCAAAGAUGACGUUUUGAACUGGUAAAGCAUAUUCAUGUGGCCUUUUUUUCCUGCACGCUGAAGUGUGGAUAUCAUGGUGUAGGCAAAUAAUAUCCUUCAUGCUUCAUUGACCUCCAGUCUCAAUUUCAAAUUGCUGUAAGGUAGGCAGGCUUUAGUGCCUUUCAAACAAAUCUGUAAUAGCCCUAAACUAACAAGGCUGUUGUACUGAGCAUGUGUAUUACAUAUUGAUCCCAUUACACAUAUAUGGAUGCAUAUAAAUGUUUCUAUGUGAACAGCAACGAAAGAUAUUAAAGAUGGCAGUAGGUGGGGAAGCCUACUUCUUGAGCUGCUGGUGCCUCUAAUUAAAAAUUACCUAUACACUGAAGUAUAGCAUGCCCUAGAGAAUGGAUGCAAUUUAAAGUGCUUUUGAGAAUGCAGUAGAGAUUAUCAGAAUUGCUUUUCUUGUCUGUGUUUUCAAAAUCUUUUUCUUCAGAAAGUAUUCUGAGUUGGCUAACGCUUAUUUUUAAAAACCAUCAACCUGUGUUAUCAAAAUAAGAAAACCAAGCAGAAGUUCUCAGUAGAGUGCAAGGUAUCAGGUUGUUCAUGAAGAAAAAAGGGGUCAUGGUUCUUGGAGCAGCCAGAAUUUGUCUUGUAUUUUACACUGCAGCAGAGAAAUUGCACAAUGUACAAACUUAUACUGCUGUGCAGAAAUUGCUAAGGAAAUAGUUAAUUCCCUUUUAGUUAUGCAGUUAGAGUACACACCCACCAGAUGGAGCUUCUGGCACCAGUGGAAAAUUCCAGAAAUCAAGCAAGAAUGAGAAGUGUGUGAAUGACUUAAGAGGAUCUCUGUCUGCAAGACUGCAGGAGAUAUUUUUUUAACCUUUAAAAAAAAAAGAAGAUGAACGGAGAGAGCUCAGCCUCCCUGAGUGUCCCACUGCAGCAGUCCUCCACAGAAGUUUUUCCUUUGUGAUGGGAGGUUGGAGUUGUCUGUCUUCAGGUUGGUGACUGAUGCUUACAAUAAACUGAAAAAGAAAAGAGAGAAAACAGCUCUGUAAACUCUUGCUGAAGAUGGCAUGUAAUCACAGAAACAGAACGUUCAUGUUAUUAGCCAGAGAAUUUCUUCCAAAGCAAUUUAAGUGUGGUUGGGUUUUUAGUACUUCAUUUUAGAUGGACUUCUUUUCUGUCCUGAAGGAACAUUUGUAUAGGGUUAAUGUUCUUCCAUUUUAAAACCUGAUUUCCAGAGAUGUGGUGCAAACUGUCCUUUUUCUUUGACGCUGAAUUUCUGAAAUGGUUUUAAAAUCUUUUGGAAGUCUUGACCAAGGAAUCUUGAAAUAAAGUUUGACUGUGAGGGGGUGUCAGGGUUUUUGUGUCCUGAAGUCGUACAGUGCGUUGGCUAGGUACUGAAACACGCUUACAAACUUCGGUUUCAGUUAUCACUGUUUUAAAACACCACGUUAGAUUUUUACAGAGGAUUUAUUUGAUUUGGGCUUUCUGUAAACUUUCCAUCUUUCUAAUGUGCCCAGUCCUGUUUUGGAUACAGGCAUGAAUUAGAGGAGUUGGAGGCACGUGCUUGCUGACACACUGGGUAGUCCAGCACAGCAUGUGCACGCUGUGUUGUCUAGUUGAAGUUGAGAGGUGUUGAGACAGAUAUUCUCUGGAAACCAUCGUAUUUCCAGAGCACCUACAGUGCUAUAGGUGGUUGAACUGGCAGGAAUGUGGAGGUGCUCUGUGUUUUAAUUGUAGCUUUGAGAGCAAAUCCUGUGCUGUUACAGAGCAGCCUCCAUCCUAGAUUAUAGCAGACUUGAAAAUGAGCCCUUAGUUGUCUGCCAUUUCAGAUGUGCUGUUAAACUGUAAAUCUCAUUACCUUCACUGGAGAUGCAGGUGCACAGCUCCUCUGAAAAGUAGGCCAGAAAUGCUAAGAUAAGGAGAAGAGUCCCACGGGGAAAAAAAGAAGUGAAAUGCUGAUUGUGAGCCAGUGGCAGCCGUGCCAUUGGGUGCAGGAGGAGGGCUAUUCAGCUGCAGCCUUUACCUUCUCAUGGAAGUUUUUGGUAGCUUUCAGUUCUCCCAACUUCUCCCCUCUCCCUGGUAUAUCUGCGCCUGGUAUUUUUGGUUUGCUUACCAUUCCCUGUCCUGCGUCCUGACUGCCACUCGUCCCUGCUCAGCUCCCUUGGAAUUGUCAGGCCCUGUAGGUGUGAGCUGAAGAGAUGUCAGGUCUUCCCAGAGAAGCUUAACAUUUAGGCUGUUGCACAUCCUCCUGCCAGCCCCCAUGGAACUAAAACUUUUGUCUGAAUCCUUCCCAGGGGAAGUUGUCUCACUGGGGUCGGAGCGGCAGCCACAUCACCUGCUUGGUUUCCCACAGACUUGUAAUUUAAGGUGGGACUGUAUUGGCAUGGGACCCCCCUAGCAGUAAUGAGCUGUGCGAGUGCUGGUGUCAGCGCCUUGUAUUGCGGCUGUGCUGCUGGGACUGGGCGCUCAGGUUCUCUGUAAGCAGAGGCCCUAGGCGCUAAAGUCAGAAGGUGUGGUGUGAGAAGGUGCGUUCAUCACAGCGUCCUGCUGGAUUUCCGACUUGGGUAACUUCACUGAACUCUGAGUGCCGAACUGUUCUGCAGGUAACAUCACCUAGAAAAUGGGUUUAAAGCCCAGGCCCACUCACACGUCUGCGGCACUCCUCACCUUGCUGAGUGCGCCCCGCGGUAGCUCCGUGUCGGUACAGGUACCGUAUGCGUGGUUUAUAAUUAGUUCUUCACAAUUAAAUGUACGUUAUAAAUGUCAGAUUGCCCUUAUGACGUUUCUUACCUCUUAUCUUUAACGCUUUGUUUUGUACAGCAGGAUAUGACCCUUCUUCUAUGUCCGGGCUUCGGCCUCACACAGUAGGUGUAAUAUAAUCGCUGAGGUGGGCGCUCUGGAAGAAUUAUUUUUGAAGGCUUUUGCAUGAAACUUGUCCAAUGAGUCUGAGACGCCCAAGCACCAUUAAUUUUGGAGGAAAAAGAUGGAGUAUUGCAUGCUGGGAACAAGUGCUUUCCAUAAGGUACAGCAGCAGCUCAUGAUGCCCCGUAAAGCUUUUCUUUCCCAGAAAGAAAAGCAGGCUCGUGCCAGGGAAAGAGAUAUGUUAAAAAAGAGAAGGAGGCGACAAGACUAUCUCAAAAGAAGCGUGGACCCACAGAAAAAUGCAGAAACAAUAAAAUGGCACAGGGAUGAUGAGAAGAGGAGAGAAAAUGAGCAAGUUAAGGACAAAGAUAUCAAGAAGCGAUGGAGACAGGAUGAGAGAGAACGACGAAAGAAUGUGGACGCUAUGAAUUGGCGCAGGGAAGAUGAGAAGAGGGAAAAUGAGCGAGAAACUAUGUUCCAACUUCCUGUCAACAACCUUGGCAGUUUAAGAAAGGCCCGGAAAACUGUGAAAAAAAUACUUAGUGACAUUGGUUUGGAAUACUGUAAAGAACAUAUAGAAGAUUUUAAACAGUUUGAACCUAAUGACUUUUAUUUGAAAAACACUACAUGGGAAGAUGUAGGAUUGUGGGACCCAUCGCUUACGAAAAAUCAGGACUAUCGGACAAAGCCCUUUUGCUGCAGUGCGUGUCCAUUUUCCUCGAAGUUCUUUUCAGCGUACAAAAGCCACUUCCGGAAUGUCCAUAGCGAAGACUUUGAAAAUCGGAUUCUCCUUAAUUGUCCAUACUGUACUUUCAAUGCAGACAAAAAGACUUUGGAAACGCACAUUAAAAUAUUUCAUGCUCCAAAUGCCAAUACACCGAGUGGAGGCAUCAGCACUUUUAAAGAUAAAAACAAGCAUGAUAGCCUUAAACCUAAGCAGGCUGACAGUGUAGAACAAGCUGUUUAUUACUGUAAGAAGUGCACUUACCGAGAUCCGCUGUAUGAAAUUGUUAGAAAGCACAUUUACAGGGAACAUUUUCAGCACGUAGCUGCUCCUUACGUAGCAAAGGGAGGUGAAAAGUCACUCAAUGGUGCAGUUCCAUUAAGUUCCAGUACCCGGGAAGAGGGUAGUAUUCAUUGCAAACGAUGCCUUUUUAUGCCGAAAUCGUAUGAAGCUUUAGUACAGCACGUUAUUGAAGACCAUGAACGUAUAGGGUAUCAGGUAACAGCGAUGAUAGGUCACACUAAUGUAGUGGUUCCAAGGUCUAAACCUUUGAUGCUAAUAGCUCCAAAACCACAGGACAAAAAGCCUAUGGGACUCCCUCAGAGGAUGGGUCCCCUUUCCCCUGGGAGCGUUCGAUCUCUUUCGUCACAACAGAUGAUGAACAGACUCACUAUACCAAAGCCUACAUUAAAUUCUGCAGGAGUGAAUAUGAUGUCAAAUGUUCACUUACAGCAAAACAAUUAUGGAGUCAAAUCAGUACCACCAAGUUAUGUUGGCCAGCCAGGGGGAAGGCUGAGCUUAAGUGGCAAUGCACCAGUUUCUAUUCCACAGCAAUCUCAAACAAUGAAACAGUUUUCAAGUGGAAAUGGAAGGCCUUACACUCUCGGGGAGCAGAGAUCUCAGGCCUCAGCAAGAUACUCUCUUCAGUCUGCCAAUUCAACUUCCUUGUCAUCAGCUCAGUUGAAACAAACGUCGUUAUCUCAGUCACAGGCAGCUUCAAGAGUAUUAGGUCAGUCUGGCUCAAAAUCUCCUGUAGCUGCUACAGGUCCUUCUUCUGUCAAUACAUCAUCCACACAAAAGUGGAAAAUCUGUACAAUCUGUAAUGAGCUGUUUCCUGAAAAUGUGUAUAGUGUUCACUUUGAAAAGGAGCACAAGGCUGAAAAGGUGCCUGCAGUAGCUAAUUAUAUAAUGAAAAUACACAAUUUCACUAGCAAAUGUUUAUACUGUAAUCGCUAUUUACCCACUGAUACAUUGCUUAAUCAUAUGUUAAUACAUGGUUUGUCUUGUCCGUAUUGCCGUUCAACCUUCAAUGAUGUUGAAAAGAUGGCUGCUCAUAUGCGAAUGGUUCAUGUUGAUGAAGAAAUGGGACCUAAAACUGAUUCCACUUUAACUUUUGAUUUGACGCUGCAGCAGGGUAGUCUCACAAAUAUACAUCUUCUCGUAACAACCUACAACCUGAGGGAUGCUCCUGCUGAAUCUGUAGCUUAUCAUGCUCAGAACACACCUCCAGUUCCUCCAAAACCACAGCCGAAAAUCCAAGAGAAGUCUGAUGUACCUGUGAAAAGCUCUCCGCAAGCAGCAGUUCCUUACAAGAAAGAUGUGGGGAAAACCCUCUGUCCUCUGUGCUUUUCAAUCCUAAAAGGACCCAUCUCUGAUGCACUUGCACAUCAUCUGCGGGAGAGGCAUCAGGUUAUUCAGACGGUUCAUCCGGUUGAGAAAAAACUAACCUACAAAUGCAUUCAUUGCCUUGGCGUGUAUACCAGUAACAUGACUGCCUCAACUAUAACGUUGCACCUUGUUCACUGCAGAGGUGUUGGGAAGACUCAGAAUGGCCAGGACAAAGGUACUUCGUCAUCCCGGCUAAGUCAGUCUGCAGGGGUAGCCCCUGUAAAACGUACGUAUGAACACAUGGAAUUCUCUCUGAUGAAGAGAAGGAAAAUGGAUGAUGAUGACUCCCCCUCUGCCUUUGAGGAGAAGCCUGAAGAACCGGUAGUUCUAGCAUUGGACCCCAAGGGUCACGAAGAUGAUUCCUAUGAAGCCAGGAAAACAUUUCUCACAAAAUAUUUUAAUAAGCAACCAUAUCCAACUAGGAGAGAGAUUGAAAAGCUGGCUGCCAGUCUGUGGCUGUGGAAAUCUGAUAUUGCAUCUCACUUCAGCAACAAAAGGAAAAAAUGCGUUAGAGAUUGUGAAAAAUACAAACCUGGUGUGCUGCUUGGUUUCAAUAUGAAAGAAUUAAACAAAGUUAAACAUGAAAUGGAUUUUGAUGCUGAAUGGCUGUUUGAAAACCACGAUGAAAAGAAUUCCAGAGUUAACGUUAGUAAGACUGUUGAUAAAAAAAUAAACAUAGAAAAAGACAAUGAAAGUUCAUCAGACAGCUAUGAGAAUAUAGAAGAGGAAUACAAUGAAAGCAGUAGUCCAUUUGGUCCACAUAUUACUGACAUUGGUGAGAAAGCUUCUCCUGAUAGCAUAGCAGAGAACCCAGAGGAUGGCAUAUCCAAGGAAAUCAUUGAAGAAAAUACCUCACCAUCUCCAGAAAAGUCUGAUCAAAAACAAGAAGAAAGCUCUAAAUAUGAGGAGAUUAUUUCUGCCGAAGGGCAGACAAAACUGGUUGGUGAUGUUUCAGAUAGUGAAGGUUAUCAGGAUGAUCAAGAUGAUGCUGUUGAAUGGAAAGAUGGAGCUUCGCAGUCUGAAAGUGGGCCUGGUUCUCAGCAAGUUUCUGAUUUUGAAGAUAACACGUCAGAAGUAAAACCAGAAGUGUGGACAGAUGAAUCCUCACAAAGCGAAGAUGCUGGCAGCAGUAAACCGACUGUAGAGACAAAAGGAGGUGGGUCUGAGAGUGAUGAAGAGCAGUCAAAGUGGAAGAAUCGUUCCUAUGGAAAAGUAGAAGAGUUCUGGGCCAAGGACCAGUCGCAAUGGAAAAAUACAUCAGAGAUUGAGGAGAGCUUGUCAAAUCAGCAGAUGGAAUGGCAGAACAGCACAAUUGACAGCGAGGACGGAGAUCACUUUGACGGUGUGACUGAUGGGGUAGCAGAACCAAUGCACAGCAGCUUAUCUGGUGUGGAGCUGAGCAGUCAGCAAGCAUAAGCUCCUCGACACGGAAGUGUCAGAGACACGAUCCAAUCUACAACUGUCUAAACACGUUCAUUUCAGUAUGACUGCUAAGCUUAAAUUCUGACUGGUACUGCCUUCCAAGUGCUAGGUCACGGUGCGUGGUGUUCAUGGCCACUGUUACUCCAGUGGUUGAGGAUGCCGUUGGCUGAUCUUGCUUGUGAGUACUUGCUGGGAUGAGCACAGUAAUUCAAUGUGAAAACAGAUAAGCUGGUGGCUCAAGAAUGCACACAGAGAAAAGCAGAGGUUUAUUUUAUCUGCGUUUUCACCAUUUAUUUCACUCUUGUACAUGUUCAGUUGUAUGUCUUUUUAAACAUUACCCUUUUUCACAUGGUAGUGUGUAGGGCCAACAUACAAGCUACCAGUUCAACGUGUAUAGUAGACUAUGGGGAAAUUGAUUUUUUUCAUGUAUCAUUCUGAAUAGUUGAAAUGUAUAUUUGUACAGUCUUUUAGACCUAUUCAAGUGAAGCUUAUGAAAUUGUUCUUGUGUACCCAUCAUAGAUUUGUUUCUCUUUUUUAGUGUUGCCCUGCUGUGUAAUAAAUGCUGUAUUUAGUUUACCUAGCAAAAGCUUGAAACUGCUAUAGUACGAAUUUUGACAAACUUAGUUUUUGCACAUAACCUUGUACAAUCUCAAAAACAGAGGCCAGCACCAUAAAAAAAUAUAUCUGGACUCUUAUUGUAUUAUAGAAUUUUCUUGUUCUGAGUAUCCUUGACAUUACAACUGAUGACAAACGUAUUUCAGAGCCAUUUUCUGAAAUCUUUUAAGCUAAAGAUGAAAAAUCACAUGCAAGAAACAAGUUUGCAGCUACUAAUUUUGACACCUUUUAGAUCUGUAUAAAAGUGUAUUGUGUUGAAGCAGCACACUUAAAACAACAGUGCUGUGUUUUGGAUAUUUAGUUUUAUCUUUAGUUAACACCAACAAGGUGUUGUAUUCAUUUAUACCAUCUAAUAUAUGACACACUGUUGUAGUAUGUAUAAUUUUGUGAUCUUUAUUUCCCUUUGUAUUCUUCAUUUAAACAUCUAAAUAAAUUGCUGUAUUGUGCUUACUGUAAAUAUCUGCUUUAUUACAUGCAAGUGCCACAUUCCUGCUUGGGCAAUCCCGCCUUGCUAAAUUUUGUGGGGUUUUUCUGUUUGGCAUUUUUUGUUCAUUUCCUAACAGUUCCUAAAAAAUGCUGCACAGCAUUGCUGGGGCAUGUAUGUACAGUAUUUUCUUACUGAAUAGACUAAUCUCUUCAAGGACAUGGAGAAAUCUUACUAAACUAACUUUGUCUGAAUUUGCCUUGACUAUUCAGCCUUCCAGAAUGGUAGUUUAUCAAUAAAGUUGUAGUGAUUACA